CCCCCUUGCUACUACGCAAACAAGAACUCCAACGAUUCCCCCUCGUCCAGAUUUGAUUUCAGGCAGCGUAUGCACCUAAAACAGAUAAUUGGGAAGGUGGAAAAUGUCACCUGAUUCACACUGAACUUUUGAAAAUCUCUCCACCCUCAAACACUCACACACACACACACACACACACAUACACACACACACAUACACACACGCACACGCAUACACACACACAUACACACACACACACACUAGGAGACCGCCCACCGCAAACAGCUAAGACCCCCAUAUAGAUUUAAAGAGAGACUGCACUCAGAUUCUGACGUUCAUUGAAUAGAGCAGUCUGUCUAGUGCUGCUCUCUCCUCCACUUGAUAUUGUCGCUCUCUCGCUCUCUCACACACGCACACACAUACUCACUCACUCACUCGUAUCCUGAGGAUGUUAAAUCAGAGAAACCAGCCGGGCAUGCUUUUACUCCUGAUCCUGCUGUGCCAGUUCAUGGAAGAUCGCACAGUCCAGGCUGGGAAUUGCUGGCUCCGGCAGGCAAAGAACGGUCGUUGCCAGGUCUUGUACAAAACGGGUCUCAGCAAAGAAGAGUGUUGCAGCUCGGGGAGGCUUAGCACUUCGUGGACUGCAGAAGACGUGAAUGACAGCACGCUUUUCAAGUGGAUGAUUUUUAACGGGGGCGCCCCGAACUGCAUCCCUUGCAAAGAAACCUGUGAUAAUGUGGACUGUGGACCUGGAAAGAAAUGCAAAAUGAACAAGAAGAACAAACCUCGAUGUGUCUGCUCUCCGGAUUGCUCCAAUAUCACUUGGAAAGGCCCAGUCUGUGGACUAGAUGGCAAAACCUACAAAAAUGAAUGCGCUCUCCUCAAAGCCAGAUGUAAAGAGCAGCCAGAGCUAGAAGUCCAAUACCAAGGCAAAUGUAAAAAGACCUGUAGAGAUGUUUUAUGUCCAGGCAGUUCCACGUGUGUGGUGGAUCAAAGCAAUAAUGCCUACUGUGUGACAUGUAAUCGGGUUUGUCCAGAGCCUACCUCCUCUGAACAGUAUCUCUGUGGGAAUGAUGGAAUAACUUAUCCUAGUGCCUGUCACCUGAGAAAGGCUACCUGCCUGCUGGGCAAAUCAAUUGGAUUAGCCUACGAGGGAAAAUGUAUCAAGGCAAGGUCCUGUGAAGAUAUCCAUUGUAGUGGUGGAAAGAAAUGUUUAUGGGACUCCAAAGUUGGCAGAGGCCGGUGUUCACUCUGUGAUGAGUUGUGUCCUGAAAGUAAAUCUGAUGAGGCUGUCUGUGCUAGCGACAAUGCCACUUAUGCCAGUGAGUGUGCCAUGAAGGAGGCUGCCUGCUCCACAGGUGUGGUCUUGGAAGUAAAGCACUCAGGAUCUUGCAAUUGAAUCUGCCAGUAAAACCUGAGCCAUUGAUUCUUCAGAACUUUCUGCAGUUUUUGACUUCAUAGAUUAUGUCUUUAAAAGCAAAUCAAAACAAAAAAACCAAAACAAAACAGAACAAAAAAACCCUUAUUGCAUAACAGCAGAUGCAAAAGAGCAUCUCACUGCAAGUCACAUAAAAAUGCACCGCUGUAUUAUGGCUGUUUCAGAGGGCUUUGAAAGCGUGCACUGAGCUGCUUCUGCGCUGUUGUUGUCCUUAUUUAAACAACAGCUCCCCUGUAUUCCCCCAUCUAGCCAUUACUGAAGACACGGAAGAGGAGGAGGAAGAUGAAGACCAGGACUACAGCUUUCCUAUAUCAUCAAUUCUAGAGUGGUAAACCCUUCA